CCCUGAGGCGGCCCCAGGCAGCAAGACCACCCGGAAGGAGGCCAACAGCGACAUGGGCCAGGACAGCGGCCAGGAGCCAGCGCCCGAGAACAGCCCCCCGGGGGUCUGUGCAGACCUGGCCAAGCGCUCCAGGUCCCAGGAGCUGCUCCACAUCGCCCAGGAGCUCCUGCACACCGAGGAGACCUACGUGAGGCGGCUGCACCUGCUAGACCAGGUCUUCUGCACCCAGCUGACAGAAGCAGGGGUCCCUCUGGAAGUCACCACAGGCGUCUUCUCUAACAUCUCCUCCAUCUACCGCUUCCACGGGCAGUUCCUCCUGCCCGAGCUGCAGGCGAGGAUCACAGAGGAGUGGGACGUGAACCCUCGGUUCGGGGACAUCCUGCAGAAGCUGGCCCCGUUCCUCAAGAUGUACGGCGAGUACGUCAAGAACUUUGACCGGGCGGUGGAGCUGGUGAGCGCCUGGACCCAGCGCUCGCCCCUGUUCCGGGACGUGGUGCACAGCAUCCAGAAGCAGGACGUGUGCGGGAGCCUGACGCUGCAACACCACAUGCUGGAGCCCGUGCAGAGGGUCCCCCGCUACGAGCUGCUGCUCAAGGACUAUCUGAAGCGGCUUCCGGCAGACGCCCCGGACCGGCGGGAUGCGGAGAAGUCCUUGGAGCUCAUCUCCACAGCCGCCAGCCACUCCAACGCUGCCAUCCGGAAAACGGAGAAAAUGCACAAGCUCCUGGAAGUGUACGAGCAGCUGGGCGGGGAGGAGGCUGUGGUCAAUCCGGCCAACGAGCUGAUCAAGGAGGGCCACAUCCAGAAGCUGUCGGCCAAGACGGGCGCCGCCCAGGACCGCCACCUCUUCCUGUUCAACAGCAUGGUCCUCUACUGCGUGCCCAAACCGCGGCUCCUGGGCCAGAAGUUCAGUGUCCGGGAAAAGAUGGACAUUUCCGACCUCCAGGUGCAGGACACCAGCAAGCCGCCAGCAGCCCCCACGUUCAUCCUCACGGGGAGGAGCCGGGCCCUGGAGCUGCGCGCCCGGACGGAAGAGGAGAAGAAAGAAUGGAUUCAGGUCAUCGAAGCCACCAUCUCGAAGCACAAACAGAACAGCCAGACCUUCAAGGCCUUCAGCGCCGCCUUCAGCCAAGAUGAGGACCCCUCCCAGACUCCAGAGCCCCCUACGACGAGUGCCAGCUUCGAGGAGCCUGCGGUGGCCGCCGACGGCAGAGGGGGUGCUGCAGGGCUCGAGCCCAAGAGGGGGUCCUCCAAGAUCAGGCGGGACAAGGAGAAGCAGAGCUGCAAGGGCUGUGGCGAGACGUUCAACUCCAUCACCAAGAGGAGGCACCACUGCAAGCUGUGCGGGGCGGUCAUUUGUGGGAAGUGCUCCGAGUUCAAGGCAGAGAGCGGCAGACAGAGCCGAGUCUGUGGAGAGUGUUUCCUGACACAGCCAGUGGCCCCCGCGAGCACCAGCCCCAGGGCGCCUGCCGAGCCCCAGCAGAGCGUGGAGGACAGAGGGCCAGUGGCACAGGAUAACAGGUCCAAGCUCACACACAAGAAGUCAAGCGGCAGGAAGACAUAA